AUGCACCUUCUUCCCUACUUCCUGAUUAUCGCCGGCAGCGUAUGCCUGGCUCACUAUAGAGGGGGAUACGAGAGUCACAAUCUGAUAGAGCGUGAGGAACCUCAUGAUAAUCCAGACGGGGUCCUCGUUGAAUGUCCGGUUUGCGAGACUACCAGCUUACUACCUAGCCGCGAAGAAUGCAACAUUGUGCGUGGCAACAAGAAGUACAAGAAAUGCGAAUUCGGAACGUACAUCAACGAGGUUUGCGGCAACCGACGCGAUUGUUACAGGGGCCCUGGACAACAGUGUACUGAGAAAAUGGGGUUCGACGUAUACGGACAAAAAUGCGCCCACGGUUAUUAUUGCGACAACACCUUCAACGUUUGCACAGGAUUGGGGUACACCAUUGACAGCCAUCUGCAAUGGCUCCUGAACUACGUAUAUCGCUACCCGUUACACGAUGAGAAGGACCUAAACAAGCCUAAAUCAUCAGUAAUGAUAAUCGCG